AUGGCCGACUUCCUCAAGAAUAUCCUCGGAGGGAGUAAGCCCUCGGAAACUCCAGCUGCGUCGGCUGAUUCGGAUUUUGCCGACUUCGCAGAGGCCCCUUCACCGACUCCCGUACCCUUCCAGGCUGUCCCCAGUGGUGUGACCCUCGGCGGUCCUGCCCCUACCGACAGACCGUACACGAAAUGGUAUAACGUCCACGAGCGGUACGGUCUGAGCGACUUCCGCGCCGAGGGUGUUAUACUGUCCGUCAUCGCCAUACUCUUCACGCUGCACUACGUCGGCACGAAGCUGAACCGCGCCAAGUCGAAGGCAUGGAUCAAGGCGAACGGCCCCGUAUUGACCAGCGAGUACGCCACCGUUGGCUUCGGCGGAUCACCGAACUCCGAGCAGGCACCUGAUAAGCUGCUGAAAGAGAAGAGCUUGUUCGAAUACUCGUCGUACGCGACUGGCCGACAGAAUGUCGCAUUCACGGACAUCAAGUUGUCACUCAUCAGACGCUUCAACCCUCUCAUGACAUUCGCCGAGACUGUUCUUAGCUUCUUCCUCGACAGCUAUACUUCGCCCGUGGACUCGGUGGAAGUGACCAUCUACCCCUUUGAUGGAAAGGAGGCUCAGAUUGUACCUGCCAUGCCAGGUGCUGCCGAGCUGAGGAGCAAGGACUCGAAGAGCUCUUUCGAUGGUUUCGUCUGGGCUCUUGUGAACAAGGACCUGAUGAAGCAGCUCCGUGACGAACGAUACGAUGUGUCCAUCACCUUUACCAAGGACAACAACAAGUUGCCAAACUGGACCACCGUCAUGAGCGAGAGCGCUGAGAUCACGAAUCUGCUCCUCACGGACGAGCUGGUCUCUGCGAUCAAGAAGGCUGGAGAUCUUUUUGACUACAUCAUUAUCAGUGAUCAGCCCGUGGACAAGCCGAAAACUAUGGAUGAGACGGUCCCUCGCAAGAGAAUCUUCCUCAAGUAUCGACUUCCCUCAUCGAACAACUACGACGACCUUCUCCCGCUCUUCUCCUAUUUCUUGCGGAUCCCCGAUCAACUGGCAUCGUCGGCGCACUUUCGACCCGAGGUCAUGCGCAAGGUCAAGAGUGUGAGAGACGAGAAUGUCAGGCAAAUUCAGAAGGAAGCCGAACUAGAAAAGGCCGAGGAAAGAGCGCUCGAGCGUGACAAGGCGAAGAAGGUUAAGCGUGAUGCUGAGCUCAAUGCGCUGGAUGCCAGGGCGCAGAAAAAGUUCCUCGAGAAGGAGAGAGACAAGGAACAACGCAAGGCAUCCAAGAAGCAGACUGUUCGACAAUAG